ACGUCAUGGAAAGAAAAAGGAUAAUAAAACCUGUCGCUGGUUUACCGAAUAUUUCGAAAACGUCUGUGGACAAGAUACUGAUAUUCACCUUGCUGAAUUUAAAGCGGCACUUGAUGAUCAAAUGGUAAGCAACGUUUUCGUGAACUUUGCAUGUUUCGAUAAUUUUAAUUAUUUUAUAUAUUAUUCAGUUGAUUUUUGUUAAUUGAGAGGGAGAGUACCCUGGUUGUCAGAGGUUCUGUAUCUUUCGCCUUAUUCUCGCUCGUAUUUAUUUUACGCGAGGCGAAGAGAACCUCUGGUGGCACGCGAUACAAAUAUCUCUUCCUUUGGUACAAAAUUUGUACCAAGCACAUGAUUGGUUAGUUAUAAUUAGCAGUCACAUGAAGUGAUGUGAUGUGAUUGGCUAGACAAAAAAACCUGUUCAUAAAUCUCAGAGAACAUGAUGUAUACAAAAUACGGAAAUAAUACGAACGUAUUAAAAUGAUUUACUUAGUGACUUAGUUUGUUCCGCUAUAGAAAGAUUGUCUGCGCUGGAGUUAAAGUCACUUGCUUUAUGUCGUUCAAGAUUUUAACUUUUGAUAAUUCUUUGACUUUAAUAGUUAUUAAUAUGAUUUAUUUUGCCAAUAUUUUCCCCUUGUCUGUUAAGGGCAACCAUACUGGCUCCGUUGCAAACACGUACUAAAUAUUUAUAUAUUUAUAUUCUUGCACUUUUCACUUUAUACGUUCGCUAAUACAAACGGCAUUCCACAACUUUAACAAUCAGUAAAGUUGCUUUUUCCUUUGCGAAAAUAAUCUACAUGUUUCUAAUGAAUAAUCUACAUGUUUGGGCUGCUUAUUUUUAAUAUUUUACACAAGGCUGCCAAACACUGCAAACGGUCUGAAGAGAGCUAUUUUGGUAGUAUGACAAACCCGGAAGUUUAAAAACGUCACAAAAUAUAAAAACGGUUUUGCAAGUUCUCAAACGGCAACGUCAGCAUGGAAGAGAGAUUUGUAUCGCGUGCCACCAGAGGUUCUCUUUGCCUCGCGUAAAAUAAAUACGAGCGAGAAUAAGGCGAAAGAUACAGAACCUCUGGCAACCAGGGUAGAGGGAGAGCAGAGUGGCAUUAGACGCAUUUUUAAGUACCCUCGUUUUGUUAGACAACAGCCUAGCCGGCAAAUAGCGGAAAAAGAAGGAGACGGAUAAAGCAAAAAUAAAAAUAAGAUGCGUUCAGGAUUCCAUCCAUCCAUUAUGCACAGAAAUCUGAGCUCAGUAUACAGAUGUAAAUUUGCAUGUCGAACCAUGCAUAUACAAAUUACCAAGAAAAAUGUCGGUUUGCGAAAAUGUUGUUAUAAUUAUUGCGUUUCUGGCCGAAUUAGUAUAGUUUAAUGAUGUUAAAAUGGUGAAAUGUAUCAUUAUUAUGAUAUUGGACGUCUAAAAUUCUUAACGAUCAAAAGUUUGUUUAUUGUGAAUUUUGUAGCAACAUUCUCCGUCCGGUAUUUGUUAGCCAGGCUAUUGUCAGCUAACUUCGUGAAGAUUGCUUAUGUUCAUAUAUUUUUUGAUUAUUUGCAUCGUGGAAGGCAAAUAUGUAUGAUGGUCAAAGAAUGAUGACUUAAAAGAAGAAUAUGUAGGGCUCAGAAUACUACUAUACAGUAUAGUAUAGUAUGGAUUUGCAUUCCGUAUUUGGAGCAAACAUAUUAUAUAAUAGCAUGUAUUAUCCGCAUUUAAAGCUAAUGUAUUAUUAGCAGGGCUCGUGUUCUGUUAUGAAACAGGAGACCUAAUAGAGAUAUUUUUAAUCAGAAUUAUUCACAAAACAAUAACAUGCAUGAACAUAGGAAAAAGCAGCUGGAAUUUUGGAAACACAACCAUGUCAUUUUAUGCACUAUGCAUUUCUAGUGUUUCUUGAUAGUUUUAAUCGUUUUAAAUGUCAAUUUUAUUUAUGUCGAGGUUCGCUAUUUUACAGUUUACUCGAAACCUGUUUGACCUGUUGGAUAGCGAUGAAGAUGGUGAAAUUGAUAUCAGCGAUCUCAUGAGCAGCUUGGAUCGGCUUGAAUGGUAAAUAUCUUCUUUCUUCCGAAAAGGAAAUGGCUUGGUAGCUUUUGGCAAUUUUUUAUUAUUUCCAUUCACAUGAAUGGGUUUAGUUUAUUUAGUUUUUGACCAAUUAAUUUGUUAGCACUGUAUUGUGUUUAAUGUUUUUUUCUAAGAACUGCGAUUAGGCAUAAAUUAAUAAUGAGGGCAGUGAUCAUGGAAUCUAGAAUAUUUGGGAACAUACAAACUUGUUCGACUACCAAAAAAAUUUUCACAAAUAAAUCUAGUCCAAAAAACAAAAUUGAUCGAAAAUUUAGCAACAUCAUUAGAGAGAAAACAAUUGUAUGCAUGCAGGUUUAUCUGCAUUAUUCUAUAUGCUGUCAGUUAUACAUGUGAAAGUCUGUAAGAACUUGAAAUUGGUCCUGCUAAAUGUUUCAGUAUAACUUGUCCAGAAGCAAUUAAUAUAAUUGUGAUAUUAAGGUUGUCAAAUAUUCCAAUGUUGAACAAUGACUCUGAUUUCCAAUAGCGGUUAUUUUUUAUUCCAAACGCCGUUUAGACUGUUUUAACUGUGACGAAAAAUAAUUUUAUUGCAUUCAAGAGCGCAUAUUGUAUUUUCUAUGUUCUAAUUAAGCUUUUGUACUGAAUUGUAUGUAGUGCAUCAACGGACACAAAAUGGUACUUAUGGAUUGAAGAAAGGUUUAAUAUUUCAAUGACUGAUGACCGUAAAAUAACCUUUGAACAUUUCAAGAAUGCAUUGCAUCUCGACAAGGUCAGUAAACGCCUUUCUAAAAACAUUUAUUGCAGCCUAACUCAUCAAAAAAUGAGAAUGAAAUGUAAAUUUUUACACUAUACAUGUAAAUUUUCAUAAUGCACUCAUAGUAAUUCAAAUUUAUAAGCAAAUUUGCUCAAUUUUUUUAAUAAAAUAAAUAUUUACUAAAAGUGUUAGUGAAUUCGGAACGAUAUGAAAAAAUUGAGAAAAUUUUACUCAUGAGAGAGUGCGUUAAUUUACUCCAGUUAUUGAAUCAAAGUACCAAGGGAUUUUUGCAGUGUAUAACUGACUCCUUCGCUCAGUCUACACCAAACUAUACAUAAUUAUGUAUACCUCUAUACAUUCCAUGCGCAUUUACUCUUUCCUGUUCAGACAUUCUUCGCUGAAAGAUUUUUCACACUGUUUGAUGAUAACGGAGAUGGAAAAAUUGACAUGAAAGAACUUAUUACUGGCUUGGAACUCUUAACCAAUGGAACUCAGGCUGAUAAAAUAACAUUCCUGUUCAGAGUUUAUGAUUUAGAUGGUAUGUUAACAACUAACGAUUCCCAGUAAGGGGCACACAAUCAAAUAAUUUCUAGUUUCGAUUUUUAAUUGUGUCUAUAUAUAAAAAUAUCUGAUGGACACUGGAAUUAAAGAGCUCCAUAUCUACUAAUAGUAGGUGGGUUUUUUAGAAGAGGAUUUUUCGAACACAAAUUUUCAUACAUGUGUCCGCGAUUCUAACAUGUGUCCGCGAUUCCUAACAUGUGUCCGCGAUUCCUGUGCAGAGCUCUUUGUCAUGGUCAGAAAUUAGAAGCCUUGUGAUACUACACCUUUUAAUGUCAGCGUUAACAAACCAAUAUUAGCUGUUUGCGGUCGCCCAUUUUUCUAACUUGUCUUAUUUUGUUCAAAAGGAAAUGGUUAUUUGAGCGGAGACGAAAUGAGAACUGUUUUAAAAUCUUGUAUGGAGGAAAGCAAACUAAAGUUAGGCGAUCAACAACUUGAUGAACUGAUGGACGUUUUCUUCGAGGAAAUGGAAACAAACAACAAAGGGGAAAUUGGCUUGGACCAAUUCAAAGCUUUUCUGUCAGAAUAUCCUGGAGUCGCCGAAAAUUUGUCAAUAAGGUAUCAAAAAUUGUGUACGUUUUCCCCGAGCAAACCGAUUCCGAGCUGUAGCCCGGAGUGAGUGUAUUAAUUCCGCUUUGCUAUUUGUAAGUGCGACUAUAAUUAAAAGGAAAUCGCGGCUAGCGGAGGGAAAGUUCGUCAAUGAUCGCGAGCGUGUGUCUACGAUCCAAGGUUUUAUGUAGCUAGGUGGACCUUCCACUAAACUCAAAAGUUGGUUUGUGUCAGGGGUUGGAUUAGUAGCAUUUGAAAAAAAGAUCCAUCAAUUUGAAGGCCGAAAAGUCGCUAAUGAGAUCGACGAGCAGCAGAACACAGUUUAUUUGUUCUUGCUUCACAACAAAUGAUUAGGUGGUAUAAGCCUAUAGGCCUAUAUUGCAGGAAAUCGUAAAAUACAUAGCAAGUUUGUUUUAAAUGUUAAUACAUCUGGGGUGAGGAUACUAAUUCCGCUCGGCUAUUUGUACCCGGGAAAAGGAAAAGCAUUAGGGAAGUCUAAAGUUCAUCAGUUAUCGCGGACUAUGGUUCAUGUGUCAUGGGUGGACCUGCCAAUGAUCGCAAAAAUAUGGCUGUUUCGCUAGAGUGGAAUAAGCAAGAUUUCAAUUUCAAAAACAUAAAAUCGUUUCAUACCAGGAGUUUUGAAGCAAUUUUGUUUAAAGAAAUGAGAAAAUUUGAUUUAUUAUGGGCGAUAUGGGGCAAGUUAAUUGUUUUGCAAUGUUUAAUGUUUAUAAAUUUUUUUGCUUUAUUAUUUUCCUAAAACAUGCACUGCUUUCCUUUUCAAUCAUCAUGAAUCGAAACAGCAAGUUUCCUAAUUUCCCUUUCAAUUUAAGAAAAAAUGUAAAGGAGAUCAAAUUAAUUUGAAGACCCAACUGAAAUUACUCAAAAAUUUUGAUCUUACUUUGUUUUAUUAAUUAAUUAAGUUGUAGUGAGUGUAGUUUCAUUAAUUACUCUGCAGUCCAGUGCAUUGGAGUACUUUGUCUGGUUCUAAUUAUUUUGUAUACCAGGAUUAUGCUGUGUGCAAAUUGAACCGGGUACUUGUUAGUAUAUCCAUCCGCAAUAAAUCUAGUUGAUUAGAGCAGGACGUUCUCGUCAAAUAAAGGAUAAAUCUAGUUAGAUUUGCUCCUCAACCGGCCAAAUUGGGAAACCUAAUUAUUUGUAAAUGAAAGUUAACGUGAGGUUUCAUUUACAUAGACCUAACAAGGAGUAGCUGCAAACAAUGCAACUUAUGCCCUGUGGCACGAAUCGAACAUGCAACUGAGUUACAGGCCAGUUGUCGAGCUCUAUCUGCAAGUCCAAGUGCAUGUAUAUUCUAAAGUGAUGCCAUGGUUAUGUAUAAAAAGGGUAUCUCACUCGGUAUCUCAUGUUUGGGUAUCUCACUCGAUUCAACGAAUUUUUAAGGAUUUGAGAUGAAAAUUUCAAAAUUUAAUGUAAAUUUUGUGUACAUUUAUUCAUACCUAACCAGGAUUACAGCAGGUCUGAAAAUCCUUCAACAUCAAGUUAAUCGAGUGAGAUGCCCAAAUAAUCCUGAAAUUUACCCGUGUACUUUAGUAACUUUACCAUUGCAUCACCUUAGUAUAUAUAAUUGCACAUGAAAGGUCCGUACAGACCAGACGCGAUUUGGCAACGCGAAUUUUCAAUUUUCAAUGACAUUUAACUUUAGCAAUUUUAGCUAUUUGGUCUGCAUACAUGUAUCUUGUAAAAUGUUUAUCCGUUGACGGUUUUAUUUGUUUUUAAAAACUAAAAAUUUUCGUCGCGCGUUGUCGAAUCGCGUUCGGUCUGUAUGGACCUGAACUUCGGAUUAGAGCUCGACGAUUGGACUCUGCAGCUCAGCUUGUUAGAGCUUUGCGCCAGAGACGCAUGACAGGGCCGUAGUUGCAUUUUUCGCAACUUCUGCUUGUUAGGUCUAAACAAAUGUAUAAAAUUUCCACUCGAAAUUUCCAUGUACAAGGUCCUUCAACAAAAGAGAUUGUAAUAUUUCAUAUUAUAUGUGUUGCUAAUGUUUUGAAAGUCGUAUAGUAAUGUUUGUUGUUUUGUACUUCAAUUUAGUGCUGCUCAUUUGCUUAAACCUCCAGUUACUCGGUCGAAAACCAUGUCAAGUUACAUUCCAAGACGUCUUCGAUGGGAAUAUAUCAAGAAAAAUCCAAUCAAGGUGUUCUUCGUAACGCUUUACGUCUUGCUAAAUGCCGCCCUAUGUAUUUGGGUUGGUAUUGAGAGACGUCACCAAGGUGGAUGGAUUAUAUUGGCUAGGAUUAAUGGCAUGUGUCUCAAUUUCAACUCCAUGUUUAUUUUGGUGCUAAUGAUGAAAGGCCUUCUCACCUGGGUGAGAUCAACAAGAUUUGGAAAAUUCUUCCCCAUCGACCAGCACAUUAUUUUCCACAAAUGUGUCGCCGGGGUCAUCCUUUUCCAAUCUGUUCUACAUUUUAUUGGCCAUCUCGGCCGAUACAGUAAGUACUCGUCAUUCUCUUUGUUGUUUUAAGCUUCCAGUUAUUUAAACAAAACUCUACUAUGAUUCUAAGGCUUUUAUGUGAUGUUUCAUGUUUGGCAAACUUGCAAGUGAUGACUCGACGGGAUUUUAUUGAAGUCCAAGCAGGUGGUUACAGGUCAAGGCGAAGCCGACGACAGGGGCUCGCUGCACUUCAAAUUGUACCACUUAGUUCGAAGUCUGGGAUUUAAAGUAUAGCGAAUUGAUUUUGAUCCAUUCGUGGAAGAUGAUGAAUAUUCUUCACCCGUUAUACAGUAUCAUCAGGGACAGUGGCGUUGUGGGUCCUAUGUUUUUUUUUGUUUUGUUUUUAUUUGGAGGGGGGGGGGGCAAGUGCAGUAUUUUUCCGACAAACUCCAACCGGACGACAGCAUUUUAAUUUUUCUCCACCACCGCCUUAAAAUUCAAAUCAAAUUUCCUAGCAGCUUGUUUACAAAUUUGGAAAUGAUUCUUCAAAAAUCUUGUCUGGAUCGAUAGGAGUUUUCUUCUUGGAAGUUUUGAAAUAAUCAGAAGUGCAGAAAUGUAUAAACUUAACAGCGGGUUAAAUUUUAACCAACGGUUAGCACUAACCCACCUUUGAACAUCUGGCCCCUGAAGUACAACUUCAUAGGAUUCUUCGUGUUCUCAAAUUUUCCUAAGCUGUACACGUCAUACACACGUGGUGACACUUGCUUGGAAGAUGCCGGCGUAUCAUAAUCAAUUACCAAAUGACGAAUUAUCACGCGAGCGACACUUUUAGGAAGAUGGCGACCGUGGGACAACUUUUUCACUGAAGCUACAGAUCUGUUCAAAUUUAAUCUGUAACUGCGCUACACUGCACACAGACAGUACACAGACAGCACACUGUAACACAGUAUUAUUUUAUUUAAUUAAAUUCACUGUCAAUAUAAUUAAUAAAACAUGCACAUGCAUGUAACUUUAAUAAAGUUUAUCGGUAACUAUAAUCCCUUAUUUCAGCAUCUAACUGAAACUUACUGUUACUAGUUCCAAAAAAGAAGUAACUUUUACACCAGUGACCGUACUAAAUUAGUGUCAUUAAGAUUAUAUUGUUGUUAAUUAGUUGUUCGUAAAAAGUUAAAAAUAACUUUUGACAAAUUUUGUGUGUUUAUUUCUAGUUACAACUGAUCCACCAUCAGGUAAACCUAAGUUCGAAGUUUGGGAGUACAUGUUUACGACGAGAACACCGGAAGGAUGGGUGAACGGAUCAGCUGGGAUCACUGGAGUAUUACUGUUGAUUAUUCUUGUUGUUAUGUCCAUCCUAUCACAACCGUCUGUUAGAAAACGAGGUUUUUUUGAAGUAAGUGAAAAGCUGAAUCUUUAGUUUUACAUUAAUCAAAUCUUCAAACCCUAAAUAUUAGAUGGGCAAUUGCUAGUAUACGCGGCUCAAUUAAAGACAUAAUGUUCAUGGAGUAAGGUGCUAAAACAAUAAUUAGAAAAUGUCUACCAGGUUUUGGGGAAUCAUCAAGGUUUGGAUAUCUUUGGCUCUGUUGGAGCUUACCAAUGAACGCUUUAAAUGGUUUUGUAUCUCCAUAAUUUUAUAUUAUAGAAGUCAAGGACAUACAUCAUGAGUUCGUCUGAUGUUAUGAUUUAAUGGGGUGAAAAUAUAUAACCAUAAAUAUUUACGUCUUGUUUUUGUUCAUGGAUUCUUUGCAUAAUACAUUCCAUCUUAUGUACUAUAAUAUGCGGAGAUAAUAUUAAUAUUACGUCUUGUUUGAUGAUAUCUUGGGUUUGAAGAUAUUUUUAUUUUUCGGAUUUUGUUCCAUAAUUUAUUUCCUUAAAUAGACUACUGGUCCUGCCUUUUGCAUUUUAACAUGCUGACUUAAUUGUUUUUCAUUUUUUAGCUUUUUUACUAUACUCAUCAUUUAUAUAUCGUAUGGUGGGUGCUCCUUAUUCUCCAUGCUCCUAACUUUUGGAAAUGGUUUAUCGGACCAGCAGUUUUGUAUUUUGCCGAGAGAAUCUUGCGUCUUAGGAUUGUUAACAGAGCUCGUUAUGGAAAGACGAUUAUAGAAGAAGGCAUAACAUUACCAUCUAAGGUACGCACCAAUACUAGUUUAAGAAAACAAAUCGAUAGGCGCUGCAUGAGAGUUUCAAUGAGACCUUAUUGUAACGGGUGGUAAAGUUGACGCGAAUUGACUAUUUUUCAUUAUUCGAAAUAUCAAUCAGUGAGCAUAAAAGUGCCGUUCCGUAACGUAGUUCGCGAUGCAUGCCUAUUAUAAAUGUCUUAUUUUCAAUGCACCACCUUUUGAUCGACGGUUUUGGGUUUUUGUGAUUCCCUACGCUGAACUGAUUAAGGGCAUGUUCAUAUAUUGAACCCAUCAGCUACCUGGGAAAUUCACCUGAGUGAGACCUACAUGUCCGUUGUUAAUUCAUGUAAAAUUUGAUCUUUGAUCAUGUGAGAGAUGAACCAUCCUGGCGAAGGUGGUAUCCCCGUCAAAUAGGACAAAUGUUUCCAAAUGAAGGCUUCAUCCCAUCUGACCGAGCUAGACAUUUAGUGACACUUGCAAACGUCAUUGCAUAAAUAAACAUUUAUAGACCCAUAUUAAGCAGACAUAAUUAAAGUCGUAAUACAAAGUGCAGUUUGUUUCUUUAUAACAAAAAUAGUUCGAGGAACACGCCUUGAUACAUAUAAUAAACACUUUUUCGCCAAAUUAGAAGUGAAUAGUGCAAGGAAAUUCACAGAAACGCGAAGCGUUGUUUCAGCAUAUACCACAGCAAAAAAAUGACUAUAACAAAACAAAUAUUUAAAACUAUAAAUACAUGCAUGCAUGAAUCCUUCACCUAUGCAGAGAAUAUCUCUGCACACUGUUUAACAAAGCUUUUUGCCUUUUUUUGCGUUAGCCGGAACGGUAGCUGCGUUAUAGUAUAUAUAAAAUAUUGCUCGUCUGUAACCGGAACGAAACGGGAAUCCAUUUUGUUCUUGUUUGGAGGUAAAUAAUCAAGGAUAUCCGGAGGUGAGCAACCAAUCAAAUUGCGCAAAAAGCACUAUCCACCUCCCGAGUAUAUGCUAAUAUUUAUUUUUCGUCGGUUUUUCGUAGGUAACACAUUUAGUAAUCAAGCGACCUCCGAAUUUCCAAUACAAACCCGGUGAUUACGUGAUAAUCAAUAUACCGCAAAUUGCAAAAUACGAAUGGCACCCAUUUACGAUUAGCAGCUCACCAGAUUUGACAGGCUACGUUUGGCUUCAUAUUCGGGGAGUAGGAACAUGGACGAAGAAAUUGUAUGACUUCUAUGAAGAAAAAGAAGAGGAAGAGUGCAAACGAAAGUCUGUUAAACGAGCAACAAUAAGACAGAGAAAGGCCAGGAGUAUCAAAGACAAAGAGAGGUAUUAUAAUUGCCAUUGCAUAGUGCUUGUGAUGUUACUCUAAGUGUAUAUCCACACCGAGCAAGCUUGAAAAAUAUGUCUGGCCAUGGUGGGAAUCGAACCUACGACCUCUGGAAAUACUAGCGCCUGAGUACAUAACACCAACACAGAAAGAGUCAUGAUUACUGGAUUGCAUUGAUAUCGAAGGAACUAGACUCUAUUCCGAACUAUCACAUACUCGAACCAACCUGACCACGUAACUCAGUUGGCAGAGUAUUGGGCUAGUAUUCCCAAAGGUCGUAUAGGUUCGAUUCCUACCGUAGCCAGGCAUAUUUUUCAAGCUUGCCCGGUGUGGAUAUACACUCAGAGCAACAUCACAAGCAUAAUAUUCACCUGAGUACAUAACACCAACAUAGAAAAAAUGCCAUUACAUAGUCAAAAAUUAGCUUGAUCAAAUAUUACUGUAGCCAAUUAGAUUCAUUGAUAUUUAUAAGGGUUAUUUUAUUAACUUUUGUGCAGUCUGAAAUCAAUAUCCACGCAUGGUUGUGUAUGAACGUCAAAACUCUGCAAGUUUCUGCUCAAUCAUGCUGGGCACUAAUUUUUUCCUGGAAACCAAAACCACUAGCUCAAAGCCACAAAGCUUGCUUUUUCCCUUGGCAGUAAUGUGUAUAUAUAGUAUUAUUAUAAUCUACGACCUUGGCAAUUACAACGCGCGCUUGCUCUUUUCCUUACAACAACUCAGGCAAACACAGCGGUCAAUUCGACAACGUUAUGCGUCGAGUGUCAAGCGACAUAGAUUGGGUGUUAUCGUUGAAGAAGAGGACGAAGAACCACAAGAAGAUAUUAAUACAAAUGAGGCUGUCGACGCUUUGUCAGAAGUCGUCAUCGAAAACAAGCCGACCGUUGCAAAAGAAAGAAAAAAGGCCGCUCUUGGUAAGAGUGUCAAUGUAGAAAUGCAAUCGCCUGAAGAAUACGGAAGACUUCGAUCACUGGACAGAAACGCGGCCAACAAACUCGAGGUAAGUUGUAUAUGUAACAUUGCUGAAAUUAUAGUGUGUACCAAAUCUAAAAUUUCAAAGGUUUUCUAGCCUGUAUAUUAUGAAUGUAUAUGGCUUUCAUAAAUAUAAACUAGAAAAUGCAUGCAACGACCCCUCGGCUGUCUUAGCAGAUGAAGUAUAAAAACUCCACAUAAAGUCAACUGAUGCAUGCGCUAGCUUAAUGAACGAUAACAUUCGCUGCAAUAUCAUGUUUUGGUGCUAAGAAUAGAUUAAAAAUUUCGCAGAUAUCAAUAAAAUCGACAAUACAAAGCGAGUAUGGAAUGGAAUUUUACUGCUGAAAUGUUUACACUUAUCCAAACCGGCACAACAACGAUUAAAGUAUUAAAAACAGCAUGCAACAUUAUUAAAAUUAUUGUCAAUUAUUACAAACGUUGUUUCACGAUUGAAUAGCCAUUAAUUCAUAAAACUGCUACCCUGCUGGCAGUGGUUUCUGAGCUGAAGAGAAAUCACUGCGAGAAAACGAACGAUCGUUCGGUUUCAUGUAGCCGCCGUCCAGAUUCACGGAAGAAUACAUUAAAUUCUCAACCGGUAAAACAAGUUUGACAAGUUUUCGUGUUGUGCGCAUGGGUAAAUGCUUGCCACUGCUGGCAAAAUGCGAGUCAGUUGUACACUUGAAAAACAAUAUCACGCUCUAAAUAUAGUAACACGCUAUAAAUAUACUACAAAAUAUUGUAAAGACAAAAUAUUGAAUAAAAUGUGAGAAAUUAUACAUUAAGACUAGGAGUUACUAUCGCAAGGAAAAUGCUGCCGAUAUGUACAUGUAGGAUGUGCUACUAAAAGAGCGUUUUUCACUGUAUGUAUGAUUUAUUGUCUUACACAUCGUCGUUCCUCAGUUACCUUCGUACAAUUAUAUCUUACAUCUAAUCUUAUGAAAAGUAUAUUUUAAUAUACUUAACAGUGCGACUUUGAUAGUUGACACAUAAUACAAAUGAUAAAAUGUUAAUAUUAUUGAAUGAUUUUGUCACUCGUACAACUUUUAAUUUGGCUAUUCAAACAAUUGAUUUAAAAUAGUUGAAUUUAUACUUACUGGGAUGUUAUUGCUUAUUGGGAUGUUGAAAUUAUGUUUGUUUUAAAUACAUUUAAUUGAUAUUCCAUAAAUUCAUUUUGUAUGAUUUCAUUGACCUUGACAUUGUUCAAAAUCAUUUUGUAUUGUAUUGAAACUGUAUGUUUAUGACCUAUGUUAUGUACUAUAUUAACCCAUUGAGUCGCAUUGCACCCUGAUGCACCCUACUUUGAACAGUAUUUUACUCUGUCUAACGCCAGACGAUUUUACUCGUCAAGGGGAGAGUGCUGGCGCUUAAUGGGUUAACUGAUCUAUCUGCCCAUGUGUCUAGUUAACCCAUUGGGUCGCAUUGCACCCUGAUGCACCUUACUUUGAACAGUAUUUUACUCUGUCUAACGCCAGACGAUUUUACUUGUCAAGGGGAGAGUGGUGGCGCUUAAUGGGUUAACUGAUCUAUCUGCCCAUGUGUCUAGUUAACCCAUUGGGUCGCAUUGCACCCUGAUGCACCCUACUUUAGUAUUUUACUCUGUCUAACGCCAGAGUAUUUUACUCUGUCUAACGCCAGACGAUUUUACUCGUCAAGGGGAGAGCGCUGGCGCUUAAUGGGUUAACACGCCCAAAAUCUGUACUAAAACUGCUAAUUCUGUUUUGUGAUUGGCACAGUUUAAUCAAAGAAUCCUCCCGUUGAACCAGAGCCUUCACGAUAUUUCAAUUUAUUAUUAACUGAAGGCUCUGGAAUCCAGGAUAGCUUGCCAUUGAAUACAGUGCAAUGCUUAUAUUUCUGAAUGAAUAAGAUCAUACUCAGAACAGUCAGAACUGCAAAACUAUAUUGUUAGAAAGAAGUUGAAGUUGUGAGCAUUAUUGUGGUAACACAGCCAUAUGUAUAUAUCAAUGUAUGUCAGUAGAAUCAUGUUUAUAGGCUUUAUAUAUAACUGAGGCCUUAUACAAGUCAUAUCUUAUACAAAAGUCAGUUGAUAUGCUAUAUUACAUGUAAUUGUUGAUAAGUCCAUAUAUGCAGACAACAAUCCACACUGGGUAGCUCUAGGAAUCUUGUUAAGCCUGAUUUAACAACAUCCCGCGUUUGUUUUUAAACUAUAAACAUUUAGAAAUAGAACGUACCGAACACUAUUAUAUACUCACCGCCUUUGGCUUUGCACAUAUUAAGUGACAUAACAAACAAAUAAACUAAAAGUUCAUUUGCUUCUUGUAUCAGCAUAAAGGCAUUAAUCAUUACUGUCGAUUUGGUCGGGAAUAGAUCAGUGAUUCAGUGGGUAUUAUAAUUGCCGAUAUAUUCUUGAAAUCAUUUUGUUUCAAUGCCUCUAUAUCGAAGUUUAAUACACUAAAGUGACUAAACAAGUAUAAACAGCAGAUUUAAAUAUAAAUGCCUUCAUGUAUUAUAAAAUAUAUCACCAGACAGGUAGACAGGGCACACGGCACGACUGCAUCACAAAACGAGAACGAAAUAAAGCCAUCCUUACCUGAAUUAUUCAAAAUAUUGUCGAUCAUUCUUGCGCCAGAGACACAAAAUAACACCGUGCUUUAUUUACCCAUUCAUCUUCACAAAUAUUACUCGGAAUUUUUAUGGAAAUUCGCAUUAUUUUAUGAUUUUUAUAUUUCUGUCCGUUUAUAACAGUCGCCAUGUUGUGAACAAACCCCCCCGGGAACAAAAAAAUAAUAUCAAAACAGCUAGUUUUGGCCCGUCCGUGACUUGAAAUGACUUGAAAACCGCCUAGCGUUCAACAGAAUAACUAUACACUGCAACAAAAAUCAACCUAUUACAGAAAUCAGUAGCGGCGUCGCGACGAUCUUUGUCCUUUGAUCGGUUGAAAUUUGUAGUGGUUGAGGUCGCGACGAUCAAAAAUUGCAAUAAUUGUCAAAAUCAACAGUAAUUGGAAACGUUAUUAUAUUACUUGGAAACUUUAGGAACUGGAAUUUAACGAAAACUUUAACACAAUCUCCAACGUUUAAGCAACACGAAUAAAGUUCGUAGACCGAAUUAAAAAAAUUGAUAUUGAUCGGAUAAAUACAAAAUUUUAAAGAUAUAUAACAAAAAUUCAAAUGCACAAUUUGUAGCCGUAGGGCGAGGCACCGAUUUCAAAAUAUUUUAGUACUGGCAAUAACGAGAUUAAAACAAAUGCAUAAAUUGUGAACUGCGUGUAGAAUAAAAAAGUCGUUCGAUUAAAACUGACAGACAACAAAUAAAACCUCUGAAAUAAAACUACUAUGCCACGCUUGUUUACAGAUAACAAACUACAGGAAAUGAAGUCAAAUUAGCGACUUCCCAUCACGUGAUCUUCGCGCAUGCUCGAUAGAAAGUCGUUCGUUUGCUCGCAGUGGUUUCUCCUCAGCUCAGAAACCACUGCCAGCAGGGUAUAAAACUGCAGGUUUAUUUCCAGUUAUGAUCGGAAAACGUUUUGUACCUUUGUAGACUUUUUUACGAAAUUUAAGACAAAAAAUUGCAUUAAAACAGCAAAAUACGUCCUUUCAAAAUGAAAAACAAUUAUUUAGCCAGAGCUUGUACUCACGCAUGCGCACAACGUCGAAAACCGUCCAUGACAUAAACAAAGUGGAGGACAACUUUGACCUUCGCUAUCGGUUUUCACAUACCCGGGUUUAAUUGGCCGUGCGGAAUUAGUACCCUCGCCCCGGGCUUACGCCCGGAACGGAGCUCGCCCCGUUGGCUCGGGGAAUAUGACACGUACAGAUGUAUCGUCAUGUUGUAAACAAUAUAAACACUUUAUAGCCCAUUACAUGCGUAAACCGUUAGAAAUCCUGCCAUGGGCGUACCGGAAGGAAAAAUUUAGGGGGCGGAAAUAAAAUUGUACUAGUACCGAAAAAUUUUUUCCGGAAAAAUUAUUUUGGCGACCCCCCCCCCGUCGCCAAAUAAAAUGUCGGUCAGUGUGCCAUUUUAGGGGUGAAAAAAAUUUUCCGGACAACCAAAAUUUUUCGGAACAUAAGACAAAUUUUCCAAAAAACACAAAAUUGGCCACAAAAUUUACUUAAUUUUAGACAAAAUUUACAGAAUUUGUCCCAUUUUUUUUUAUUGCAACCAAAAUUGCCCGACUGUUGAUCGAAUAUUGCGCGACUGCCCAACAGACUGCCCCUCCCCCGCCCAGUACGCCUAUGAAUCCUGCAAAACGUCUUGAGGCACUGUUGCGAAACAUCUGAAAAUUGUAAGUUUCGAAAAUUCCUUCUGUUUGAACUGCUAUUAGGCUGCUAUUUAGACUGUUAUUAGGGCUUUUUCUUGUGCACUAUUUCGCUGUUUCAUCUGCUUUCAGGUACCAACUUUACUGCCAGUCUUACAGCUCAUAAUUGAGAGUUUAAGUUCGACUUCCGAUACCAAUACCGAUACUAACAACAUGCCGUACGCAUGCGCUCUGCUCGCAAGAAGCACAAAGACAAGUGUAUUGGAAGUCACCACUACGGAAGUCGGCCUUGUUUUGGAAGUCGUGGGAAUUGUAAGAUAAACUCAUAUAAAUCGGAUAUUUCAUAUUUUUUACGAUAAACACGUAAACUAUUUGUUUAUUAGCAUCGCCUGAAUAAUCUUUUAGUCGGAAUUUUGGCUCAGCUGCCGUUCAGUAUACCGCACAUUUUCGGUGACGAUUAAUGUGUUCUAUACUUUAUCUGUCGUGAUAACUUAACGCUUUAAAAUUCCCGGUACCAAAAUGAGAACGGAAGUGAAGACAUCGGUAUCGGAAGUCGAACUUAAACUCUCUAUUAUUACGCGCUGAAGACGUAACACUUUUCGUUACAUAACCAUGAGCGAACUAGGAAAUGUGGUCCCAGAAGCUUGAUUCAUAUCUAAUGUAAAUUUUGUUAAUUGGAAAAAUCAGGAUUCAUUAAUGUUUCUCAACAAAAAUCACUCUUAGUAAAUAGAAUACAUAAAAUAAAAUGAUACAGUCAAUAUAACUAUACUAGGCAAUAUUUUCGCUUCGCUACGGCCGGUUGUUGAACGCACGACAAGCGCUUACCAUGGGUAUAUACUAAAACUGUCUGUACCAGUGUUGGUAGUACCAAUGUGAAAUUGCUGUUCUGAGUGGUUAUAUAUUACAACGUGAAAUAAACAAGCAGAAACUUUCGAGCGUUUCGAGCGAAGGCCGUUUUUACGAAAAGUCGAGUUUCUGCUUGUUUAUUUCAGUUUUACGUCGAGAUUCUGCUUGUUUCUGCUUGCUUAUUUCUAACUCUUGACGAGGGGCCUUCGCUCGAAACCUCGAGUUUCUACUCGUUUAUUGAAGGUAGUAAUAUAACCACUCAGCACAGCUUACAUGGGUGUGUAUAUAGCCUUACAAAUUGACACAUUGUUUUUGUUUUGGUACAUUCGUUCGCUCGACUAUUUCAAAACUAUAUAGAAAAGGAAACAUCUGUCGAUCCAGACACGCUUUAUAAAAAACAUAUCAUCUCCAGGUGUACAAACAACUAUUGGGACGAUUGCUUUCACGAUUUUCAUUAACCAUGCAGAUCAAACUAACCAGUUUUCGAACAAUUAGGUAAACAAGAAAACAUGCGGGUAAACAUCAGAAUUUCGAGUGCUGUUGCAAUAUUUCCUAACAUGCCCGUAACUUAAUACAUUUAACUCAUCUGUUUAGUUGUGUAAAUUACCUUCUAUUUAGAUUUACAUUGAUGGUCCAUACGGAGCUCCUGCUACACAUUUCACCGAAGCAGAGCAUGCUGUACUCAUAUCAAGUGGGAUUGGUGUGACACCUUUUGCAUCUAUUCUUCAAACUAUCAUGCUUCGAUACAAGAACGCCUCGCACUCUUGCCCAAACUGUGAUUACUGUUGGGUUGGUGACGUUCCUUAUUCUUUGAGAAAACUGCAAAAGGUUGGUAAAUUAUAUACGAAAUACCCUUGAUUCCAGGUAUUGCUUGAUGCUCACGAGAAAAUAUUCUAGAAGGUUGAUUCGCACAAUAGAAUCAGGAUUAGAAUCGUAUUCUAUCAAGAUAUGAUGAUCGGAAAGUAAACAGAACUGAUUGUGUUAUGUUUUUUGUGAGUUUCUGUUUGCGUUAAUUUUCGGGCGGUCACCGUGAUUGAGGAACUCUGACGUGAAACAUGUAACAACGAUCAAUAGUAUUUCAUGAUGUUGAUAUAGUGGAUUGAUGCACGGUGAGAUACAGUUCAACAUCAAAACAAAUGUCUUGAUUGUCGGGCUUCCAGACCAUCAUAUCUUGACAGACUAUGUUAGAAUCCGUUAUCAUAGUUAAAUAAAUUCUUAUAAAUAAAAUCAUAUGCAAAUUGAGGUACUGACUUUCACCAGGAAUUAGUUUGUGAUAUUAAAAGUGAUUGUUGGAAAUCAUAUCAUGGUUAUCACCCACUAGUGCUAUUCGGCUACGCUUUGCAUGUACAACAUGUAAUGUUCGACUAAUACGACAAAAGAAUGAGCUUCACUUUGUUUCUUUAAACUUCAGCUAUUUACAGCCAACUAUAAUGUGAUUGAUUAUAUAGGUCGACUUCUUUUGGAUAAAUCGUGACCAGCAUUCAUUUGAGUGGUUUUUGAGUCUCCUGAACCAGCUUGAGGUCGAGCAAUCUGAGAGUGAAGGAGUAUUUAACGACCAUUUUCUCGACAUGCAUAUUUACAUGACAUCGGCUUUGAGGAAAGAAGAUAUGAAAGCCCUUGGAUUACAACUGGCGCUCGAACUUAUUCACAGCAAGAAGGAGAAAGAUUUGAUAACCGGUUUGAAGACAAGGACAAAUCCUGGUAGACCAGAUUGGGACAAGGUGAGAUAACAAUCAAAAUUCAGUGAGGAAAUAUGAGAGGGGUUAAUAAAAUACUAAUUGGGAUUCAUUUGUUACUGGAACAAAAUUAUUCUCAAGUACGCAUUAAAAUGAAAAAGUAAAAUUUUGAUGUAUGUGUAUCGAUUAUUGAAGAUCCAUGCCAUGAACGUAGGGCCUACUUAUAUUUUGGCAUCAAUAAUUUAAUAAUUAUAUUCAAUAAUUUAACAAUAUAAAUUUUGGUAUGUGUAAUACUUGGGUCAUUCAAAGACGAAUGUAAUAUAUCUUUACAGUAAGAAACCAGAUCUUGAUCAACUUUUUCACUGUCAAAGUUUCCGGAUAUGAUGCCAUCAAGUGAAUUUUUGAUACAAUAAACAAAAGAAAACUAAUUUGCAAUUCAUCUGAUCACAUCAUAUCCGCAAACUUUGACAGUGAAAAUGUCGAUCAAUUUUUUAUUGUAAAGAUAUAUUAAAUUUAUUCGAAAUCAUAGAAAUCAUAUUAAAUUUUGUGGUUAGUCGCAAUUUAAACGGCUGGCAAUCAAGGUCGUAUUUUGUGUACAGAAAAAUAAUUAGAUCGAUUAAAAUCCAAGCAUGAGGCUCCCAGCGCUACUCAUUAUAUGCAUUCAGAAUGCAUUCCGACAUGUAAAAUCAAGAAGCUAAAGCGAAAAUAUAGCCACAAGACAAUAACUUUCAGUGCACAAGGUUUCAAAAUCAUCUGCAGCAAGUGCUGCGACGAAAGUUGUCAAUGUUGAGAGCAGUUUCAAGGUGUGCUUGGUUGCUUUACGAUCAAAGAUCAAAAGUACUAUUGCAAGAAGUUAUCGGGCGCAUAAAAAUGAAUAUGUCAAGUUCAUCAAAGGGCUUGUUACGAGUAUAUUGUAUAUACUUUCAUUAAACAUUUUAUUUAGAUAAUUGGUGAAUGAAAAUAAACAACGCGCACGUGCAGAUUCUAAGAUUAUUUUAACAUUUCAAAGAGAAUAAGGCCCGGUUUAGACGCCGUGCUUUUCAUGAGCCGAACUUAAUUCAUAUUUUACUCGAGUAAAAUAGGCGUACUUUCAAUUUUGGUUUAGACAGGCGUGCUUUUCAUGAGCCGUACUUAAUAAUUUGCGCUGCUUCACUCGAAACCUGGGGCGAGUGACAAUUCAUAAUAAGAAAAGGGUUUAUCACAUACAAUCUUGGCAUUUCUGAGCGUCUACAGGUUUGUGGUUAUUAAAAAUUUCAAUUGCUUUUUGAAAAGCCUUAUUACUACAAACAUAGCAUAAUGCCUGGAUAUAAUGUGUGGGAAAACGAGACCUAUACAGGCCUAGGGCGAGUUUUUCCACGUUAUUCGAGUUCUCCCAAACUACUACAAGUGUUUCUAUAACUGUAUGGGUCAUAUAUAAUAAAUGCUUUUAUAUUUAUUUCUUAAUAUAACUAAAAAAAGAUUUGUAGUAGACUCGAUAUAUUUACAAAUUCUCAUUGCGUAAUAAUGCCGACCUUUGCUCCAUCAAUUUACUGCAAGAAACCCUUUUUGCCUUUAUCAGCAAAUAAGUUGUAUCCUUUGCUACAAAUUGACGUAUAUAAAGAAAAGAAAGGGAAAUUCUACCGCGAUAUUUGCCGAUAAAGCGGUAUUAAAUCACUACAGAAAAAAUAGAACAAAUUACAGAAAUACAAAACAAGCCAGAAGCGGAAGUGGGAAGGUUUUUGUAUUUUGACUGUAUUAAACAAUUCUUAAUUGUUUUGUUUACGAUUGUAAGUUUAGGCGGGAAAUUUCCCGCGUAGAAACACGCUUCUCGACCAAUCAACGCACGCGUACUAUAAAUGUUCUAUAUUAUCAUAAUUUAUGCAUUUGGUACGGCUCAUGUAAAGCACGGCAGUAUAAAUCAACAUGUGCUUCAGCCGUGUAGCACGCCUGAACCAGGCGAACUUAUUAAUUUAGCCGUGCUUAAUAUUAAGUGCAGUGCUUAAUUGAUUUAGACGCCGUGCUUCUCAUGUGCUUAAUUCAUUGUAUUAAGUUCGGCUCAUGAAAAGCACGGCGUCUAAACCGGGCCUAAUAUAUAAAUAAACCACGUCCAUUUUAACGAAGAAUUAAAGAAUUUCCGUUUAUAUCAUGGAAAAUAAUAAAAAAAAUUGGAUUUGCUUAAUUUAAUUCAAUUCAAUUCAAUUCAAUUCAAUUCACGAAGAAAACACCGCUCUUCAACAUCGAAAAAACUUGAUGAGUAAUGAUUUUUCCGGUUGCGUUAUACGUUCUCUUCGGCCCCCACCCCUGCCAUAAAUAAUGACCGGUCCCUAAUGUUGAUAAAAGGUCGACAACUGUUGACAUAACAUAAGUAUGUACAUAUCCACUUUAAACUAAAAAAAGAGAAACAAGCAAGAUGUUAUAUGUAGUAAAGUAAAAUUUGCUUUAGUUAGGUAUAAGCAGAUUCUCAUUCGAAAAGCUGUUCAAAUAUAUUGCGGGCGCAUAUUUUGAAUUUACGGGCAUGCAACCAAAUUGGAGACAAUUUCCUAUCCCAAAAAAUCUAGUCUUUAUUUUUACAGUUGGAAUUUAAUCGUUCUUUAAAUUACUUCACACAUGGAGUUAAAUCAAAUUUGAUUGAAGAAUGAAGCUGGAGGAAAAACAUAGAUAUUCCUGCUACAUUUUUCUUUCAACCAAAUUUAUCAACAUUGUUGAUAGCGCUACCAUGGCAACACUCCAUGCAAGACCCAAUAAACAACAAUCAGUAAUAAUUAUUGCAGUUCUUGUAGGACACUUUUAAAUUCCUAUAGUACUAAAUCGUUGGUAAAACGUUGAUGCCAUCAUUAAAUCUCUCUGUCAUUUAUCAUUAUUUGUAGGUAUUCAGUGAGCUGCAGCAGCAGAACCAUGGCAAAAUCUCCGUGUUUUAUUGCGGAAAUCCAGCUCUUGGGAACACGUUAAAAGCAUAUUGUCAGAAAUUUGGCUUUGGAUUUAGGCAAGAAAACUUUUAAGAUGUCGAACAUUUAUCCCUAUAACUCUAAACAUAAAAGCAUGCUUAAUAUCUAUAUUCUUUUUAAAAUUGAGCCUAUUUUGUAGAUCUAUAUCCUAGACUUUGUAUCCAUUCUCAAUUUUUAUCCCAUAUUUUGAUAUUUGCAUUUUUAUAAGUAUACAUUCUACAAUAAAUACACAAACUGUUGGUCAAUAAGUUUGAACAACAAAAUUCAAAACUCAAGUUGGCAUUUAUAUUUCAAAUUUAACUUAAUCUUAGUCAGUGAUCAUUUUCUACACAGCAUUGAGGCUCAUCUACAUGAUACAACUAUAGUCAUAUACGAUUUUAUCCUGGCGUAUGUACUGGAAUAAAUGCGUGUAGAGAUAUUUCGAGCGAGAACUUCAGUCCAAAAAGUG